AUGUCUGCUCCAGGUGCCGAAUGGAUCAGCGACAGAUCGCGUGAAGACACGCCCCCGGAGCGCGACUCUCCAGAAGGCAACGACGGGCCGUCUCAGCAGCGCACGGGCAAGAAGCGCAAGGUUCUGUCAUGCUACGCCUGUCGCGGCCGCAAAAUGAAAUGCGACCGCGUCUUUCCAGUAUGCGGGCGGUGUCAAAAGACGGGAAGACGGCACGAAUGCACAUAUGAUCCGCGUCUCUUGGAAGAGUCCAAUGUCACUGUAGCCACACGAGCUGUUGAUGCCACUUCCACCCUGCUGGCGGAGCGACCUGCAAACAUCAACCAGUCUGCCGACACACGCGACAUUUUGCAGCGGAAGGUCAGAGCUCAAGAAGAGCGCAUUGCAUUGCUAGAGCAGCAGCUAGCCCAGCGGCAGACCAAACACAAGUCACAGUACCAUGACGUCCUGCCCGAAGAGCCAACGUUUACAGAGGACAUUUUGCUCAGAGGGAAAGGGUUCAAGACCCAAUUCCAUGGUGUGACAAGUGUUAUGAGCAUCGUAUCCACGUACCAUGAGCUGCAUCUCUUCACGCGCGAAGCUCUCAACCUAGAUCGUUCUCUCGUACAUGUCGGAAAUGACUUCAGAGCGUUCCGUGAUCGAAGGAAGAAGUCGGCUAGAGAGUUUAAUGCCGCACUCCAUAGUGCUGAGGCUGACGUAUUGGCUGUACUUCCUGAGAAGAGUGUCGUCGACACGCAGGCUGCUGAGUACUUUCGGACCUGUGAAACCAGCUACAGAAUCCUGCAUGCGCCAUCGUUUUGGGAAGAAUACCAGGCCUUCUGGGAAAAUACUUGCGCCCACAAAGAACGCGUCACCUUUGCCGUUCUGCUCGUGUUGAUCAUCUCCAUUACACAAUGCCUUGACCAGAAAGACGAUGUCUUCGUCGGCGAUACGACUGUUGAUCGGCAAACCGCUCAGGACCUCAUUCACACCUGCGAAAUUUGGAUUAAUCUGCAACCUCGGAAGCAGGCAACCCUAUCUUUCCUCCAGUCAGCAUGUCUUCUGCUCCUUGCUAAGCGGGUCAACUGUGUGGGGAUAAAGCAGGACUGGAUUAACUCUGGUGAUCUUCUUCGGCUCGCUCUAGCAUCUGGUAUGCACCGCGACCCGACCUUGCAAGGAAGCGGUAGAAUUUCAACCUUCGACCAGCAAAUGAGGGAGCGACUAUGGAUUACCGUUAUGGAAUUAGAACUGCAAUCCUCAGUAGACACUGGUCUUCAAUCUGGGCUAACGGCCCUGUACUUCGACACACCAGCGCCAGCUCAUCUUGCAGAUGAGGUCUUCUCUGCGAACACGAAGCAACUACGACCAGAUCAACCAGACGGAGAAUUUACCUCCACUUCAUUUAUUACUGCAAGCCUGAAAUCUUUGCCACUUCGCAUUCAUCUUACGCACCUGCUGAACACGCCAUCCAGCAAUAUCCAGUAUGCCGAUGUUUUGCACUUUGACGCUCAGAUACAUACAGCUGUCUCCGCCUUGCCCAACUGGAAAAAUGAAUCUGCCGUAGUGCCAUCUGCACUUCUCCGCUUGCAGCUAAUUCAAUAUCUUCUCAUAUUGCACAAGCCGUUUGCCCAAUCAGCGGCCAAAAACAACCGCUUCAUGUACUCCUUCACGACAUGUGUGGAUGUUUGUAAUUCCAUGAUCGCGAUACAUGGCGACCUGCUAUUGAAGGGUAUCUCUUUUCUUAGUAACACCCGCAACGACGCUAUGAGAGUUGGUUUAACACUGUCUCAAUUAACAUUCCGGCAUUGCGCAACCAGCCCGGUGAAGUCAUUGGUAUCGUCAGCCGACACCCCUAACACUCAACACGCCGACCCUAAAGCCCGUUUACCGGAUAUUACGAUGACCAAACGUGGGGCCCCGCUUGGUGAUACAGUCUACCUUGCCUCAUUACCGCAAAACUCCUUCCUAGUCCAGACAUUAUGUACAUCGUCUCUCGAGAUUCUUGAACGUACAAGACAAAUUUUUGAGCAAAAGGUACUCAGACUAGGUACUGCAUACAUGGAGUACUGGAUUCUUUCUGCCGCAGUGGGCAUAUUGCCACCCCCACCUUCGUCGUCUAUAUCCACUACUCCGGUUGACAAUCCAGGCGAUGAAAUCGUUUCUAGAUGCCGGAAAGCCAUUAGCUAUUUUACCGCUUUGGCAUCCAAGGUGGUAACUUUGCAGCAAGACCCGAACAAUGAUUUGGCUGCCUCUCUCCGUACUACAAUGUCAAGAGCUUCGCAGUCUGAGUAUGCCAGGCAUAGUAUGCCUCACAAUGGCUUUGAAACUGACGGUACAUCUGGGACAAACCAAACAGCAUUCGGAAGCGCGGCUGUCACUCAGCCGGGCGGGACAAAUACUACCGAUCCCAACUCUGGAAGUUCUCUGAGCGACAGGUAUUCCCCAUUUGACAUGUUGCAAGACAUGCAAAUCGAUGGCAGCAACUGGUCGUUUCCAGACUUUUGGGCUUUCGACCUAGGGGGUGAAUUUUGA